AGCCGGCUCCGCGCGCCCUGCCCGCCGCCGCCGAAGCUCUCGCUCCCAGCGCCACGGACGCCCCCGGGCCGAGCGGCGGUGCGCUCCCGUGCAGACCCGUCUGCAGACGCCCCUGGCCGGUGCACUCCCGAGCCUCGCUCCUGCACCCCGCGUCCCCAGACAUGAAUGUGAGGAGGGUGGAAAGCAUUUCGGCUCAGCUGGAGGAGGCCAGCUCCACGGGAGGUUUCCUCUACGCUCAGAACAGCACCAAGCGCAGCAUUAAAGAGCGGCUCAUGAAGCUCUUGCCCUGCUCAGCUGCCAAAACAUCGUCUCCUGCUAUUCAAAACAGCGUGGAAGAUGAACUGGAGAUGGCCACCGUCAGACAUCGGCCAGAGGCCCUUGAGCUUCUGGAAGCCCAGAGCAAAUUUACCAAGAAAGAGCUUCAGAUCCUUUACAGAGGAUUUAAGAAUGAAUGUCCCAGUGGUGUUGUUAAUGAAGAAACCUUCAAAGAGAUUUACUCGCAGUUCUUUCCACAGGGAGACUCUACAACAUACGCACAUUUUCUGUUCAAUGCAUUUGAUACGGACCACAAUGGAGCUGUGAGUUUUGAGGAUUUCAUUAAAGGUCUUUCCAUUUUGCUUCGGGGGACAGUACAAGAAAAACUCAAUUGGGCAUUUAAUCUGUAUGACAUAAAUAAAGAUGGCUACAUCACUAAAGAGGAAAUGCUUGACAUAAUGAAAGCAAUAUACGACAUGAUGGGUAAAUGUACAUAUCCUGUCCUCAAAGAAGAUGCUCCCAGACAACAUGUGGAAACAUUUUUUCAGAAAAUGGACAAAAAUAAAGAUGGGGUCGUCACCAUAGAUGAGUUCAUUGAAAGCUGCCAAAAAGAUGAAAACAUAAUGCGCUCCAUGCAGCUCUUUGAAAAUGUGAUUUAACUUGUCAAAUAGAUCCUCAAUCCAACAGACAAAUGUGAACGAUUCUACCACACUUAAAGUUGGAGCUACCACUUUUAGCAUAGAUUGCUCAGCUUGACACUGAAGCCUAUUAUGCAAACAAGCUUUGUUUUAAUAUAAAGCAAACCCCAAAAGAUUUGAGUUUCUCAGUUAUAAAUCUGCAUCCUUUACAUAAUGCCACUGAGUUCAUGGGAUGUUCUAACUCAUUUCAUACCCUGUGAAUAUUCAAAAGUAACAAUCUGGCAUAUAGUUUUAUUGAUUCCUUAGCCAUGGGAUUAUUGAGGCUUUCACAUUAGUGAUUUUAAAAUACCAGAGUGUUUUUUGCUACUCAUUUGUAUGUAUUCAGUCUUAGGAUUUUGAAUGGUUUUCUAAUAUACUGACAUCUGCAUUUAAUUUCCAGAAAUGAAAUUAAUUUUUAUGUUUGAAUGCUGUAAUUCCAUUUAUAUAUACACUUUAAGUAAACAAGAUUAUGGCAAUUAAAAAAACACAUAGUUCCAGUUUCUAUGGCCUUCCUACCUUCUGUUAGAAAUUAAUUUAUCUGGCAUUUUAAAACAACAUUUAACAAUUAGUUUAUUAUCAGAUAUUAGCAUAUGCCUAAUAAAACAUUUUAAUAAGCAUUAAUUUUGCAUAAUAUAUUAUAGCCAAGGCCUAUAUAAUUUUGGAUUUGUUCAAUCUUACAUGCUGUUUUCUAUUGUAUCAAGUAGAAGUUCAAGAAGGCAUCAAACAAAACAAGAAUGUUUACAGACAUAUGCAAAGGGUCAGGAUCUCUAUCUGCCAGUAUAUAGUAAUGCUUAAUAACAAGUACUCCUAACAGCAUUAAAGGCCAAGUCUGUCCUCUUUCCCCGACUUCCUUACAGCAUGUUUAUAUCACAAGCCAUUCAGGGACAAAGAAACCUUGACUACCCCAUUGUCUACUAGGAACCAGCAGUAAGCAAAAUUCACUUUGAAAGCACCAGUGAUUCUACUACAUUGAGGAUUACUAUCAAGAUUUAGUAGAAAAUAAAUAAGUGCUCAACAACUAAUCCAGAUUACAGUAUGAUUUAGCUCAUCAUAAAAUUCCAAAAAUUCAUAUUAUUUUUAAUGAUCUUAACCAAAACUAUAAAGUUGCCACAUUACUAAAGAAACACACAUCUUCCCUAUUUUGUAGAAAUAUCACAGAGACCAAGAGGCUACAGAAGGAGGAAAUUUGCCACUGUCUUUGCAACAAUAAAUCAGGUAUCUAUUCUGGUGUAGAGAUAGGAUGUUGAAAGCUGCCCUGCUAUCACCAGUGUAGAAAUUAAGAGUAGUACAAUACCUGUACACUGAAAUUUGCCAUCGCGUGUUCGUGUAAACUCAAUGUGCACAUUUUGUAUUUCAAAAAGAAAAAAUAAAAGCAAAAUAAAAUGUUUAUAA